CCUGGAGACAGAUAGAGACAGACACCAAACGCACAGCAACAAUGAAAUGAGAAAAUAACAGGAAAUUACAGACGCACUUAAAGUGUUUCAGAAACUUAGGUGAGAAAACCGGUGGGGUUGGCACGUUGGAGACGGGGCGAGCGAGAAAGGAGCUGAUGCUUCACCCUUCUUCUUUUUGAUGCUGAGACGACGUAAACGUUUGAGGAGGGAGAGCUCUCACGUGGAAGGACCCGGGUUCCCUUGCUCUUUAUUUGACGCCGCUGAUCAUGACUGCAUGGAACCGGUGUAACCCCUACAGCCGCCCACAGAGAGGUGAAUCACAGCUGAUGAAACUGAUGUUUCCAUCGGCAAGAUCUCUGGACUGAAACGCUUCAACCCCAAGACUAUCCUCUACUAAACCGAAGACCUGCAAACUAUCAGUGUUGGACACGAAGCUCCCCUGAAGUCGUCGUUCCUCUCGUCUGAAAAAGCUGCUGAGAAGUUCCCGGGAAUACGGCUCGCUGCAUGGACUCCUUUCGCCACAACGGACAGCAUGGGAGCCCGGAUUGAACGUUCAUCAAACCAAAGGCAGCUUUUCUGAUACCAGCCUCCUGCAGACGUCCUCGUAUCUUUAAGAUGAAUAACAGCUCUGAUCCCCAGAACAACUGCUCUGCGGAAGUCACUCUGCAAGAGUUCCAGCACCAAGUUUAUGCUGUGGUGUACAGCAUCAUCUUGGCACCGGGCUUGCUGGGAAACGUCCUGGCUCUGUGGGUGUUUAGGAUCUACAUACGGGAAACCAAGAGGGCUGUGGUGUUCAUGAUGAACCUCGCUCUGGCCGAUCUGCUUCAGGUGCUGUCGCUGCCUCUGCGGAUCUACUACUACUUGAACAACUACUGGCCCUUCGGUCACCCUCUCUGCUUAUUCAGCUUCUAUCUCAAGUACGUCAACAUGUACGCCUCCAUCUACUUCCUGGGGUGGAUCAGUGUGCGUCGCUGCCAGCUCACCGUGAACCCACUGAUGUACAAGGUGAAGCAGAAAGGAGACAUUUUGACAUGCGCGCUCGGCUGGCUGUUUGUCUGCGUGGCCUGCGUAGCUUUCCCCUUGCUGAGGGACAAUCCAAGGCACCCAGGGGAGUGUUUUUCAGAGCUGCCGACGAAACACAUCGACAUUUUAUCAGUCUCGCUCCUGAUUAUAUUGGCGGAACUGCUGGGCUUCAUCAUCCCCCUCAUCGUGGUGGUGUCCUGUUCAAUUUUGACAGUUUUAAGCCUCAAAGAGGUGACGACGGAGGGCGUUCAAGACUUUGGGGAGAAGCAGAGGGCACUGAAGAUGGUGCUGUGCUGCGCCGUCGUCUUCUUGCUGUGCUUUGCACCGUAUCACAUCACCAUGCCGCUGGACUUCCUGGUGAAAGCCGGCGCUUUGGAUGACUGCGCCACCAAAAACACGAUUCAGAGGAGCCACAUCAUCACGCUCUGCCUCGCCAGCCUGAACUGCACCUUCGACCCGAUCAUGUACUACUUCACGAGCGACGAAUUCAGGAGGCGGAUAACCAAGCCCGAGAUGCCGGACCAUUUUAAUUUGAGCAGACGGCUGUCCUGCUUAACCGCACAAGAGGACGUAGAGCCAAAUUAGGCGAUGGAAAGCCACAAAUCGCUGCUUUUGCUACACGUCUGGCGAGAAAAGAUAAAAAAAAAAAAAAAAUGCCGGUUUUUGACUUAAAACACGGCGAAAAUCCCGUGAAAACGCAGACCUUCUGAACUCUGAAAAUUCAAGUCGUCACAAACCGCUCGAUCGCUGUCACACGUAAGAAGGACCAGCCAGUGAGCCGGAUAAACGCCAUGAUGCGUUUAAGUUAGUCUUACAACAGACAAUAACAAAAGAGCCGUUUUGACGGGAUUUUCAACGCAUUUUCCUAAGUCAUAAACCGGCGUGUAUUUUUGGUUUUCUUUUUUUUUGCCAAAUGUGUAGUAAAAGUGCCAACUUUGUGUCCAUUCCGGGCUUCCGUAGCUGUCGCUGAGGAAGCCGGUGUCUUUACAACCACUAAUCCUCCAAAUAAAAUGUGAGCAUUC